GCAUCUCUCAAUCUUUCAUCUUCGUCAUUUCGAUUCAUUCAAAUUUUGUUACUAAUUGCCGGUGCUCCUCGUGUAAUAAGUUUCCAGAAAGUCUUAUUAUUAUUUAUUGCGUCUUGUUGGCUUUUUGACGUGCUAAUUUUAAACCUAAUUUACCUGAAAAUAUAAAUAUACUAAUAGGAAUUUCAAAACCACAAUAAUGACAGUGGACGAAGGAAUUGAUAUAACCAAGGCUGGCGAUCGGGGUGUCCUUAAACGAAUUAUCAAUGAGGGCGAAGGAUCAGACACUCCUAGCGCCGGUUGUCAGGUCACUGUACAUUACACUGGAACGCUCUUAGAUGGCACAAAAUUCGAUUCAAGCAAAGAUAGAAACGAACCGUUCGAAUUUGUUCUGGGGAAAGAUUCCGUGAUAAAGGCAUGGGAAAUCGGCGUGGCAACGAUGAAGAAGGGAGAAGUGUGUGUGCUGACCUGCGCACCAGAGUAUGCUUACGGCUCGACUGGCAGCUCUCCUAAAAUACCCCCAAAUGCGACGUUGCAAUUUGAGAUCGAAAUGAUAGAAUGGAAAGCGGAAGAUUUAAGUCCAAACAAGAACAAAGGUAUCCUUCGGCACAUCAUCGAACAGGGAUCCGGUAACGACAACCCCAACGAUGGCGCUCAGGUCACAGUGGAACUCGAAGGGAAGCUUCAAGACGGCAAGGUAUUCGACACGCGCACCGUGUCGUUCAGCCUCGGCGAGGGCAGCGAGAGCAAUAUCUGCGAGGGCGUCGAGAGAGCUCUGGAAAGGUUCACACUCGGAGAGAAGUCACGAUUAACCUUGCAACCUAAGUAUGCGUAUAAAGCAGAGGGGAAUACUGAAAUGGGCGUACCUCCGAACUCGGUAGUUGAAUACACAGUGAAGUUAGUGAGCUUCGAGAGGGCCAAGGAGUCGUGGUCGAUGGAUGCCGAAGAGAAGUUGCAGCAGUCCAGCAUAUGGAAGGAGAAAGGAACGGACUAUUUCAAAGCUAGCAAAUACCAGCUCGCUAUCAAGAAGUAUAAAAAGGUUGUUACCCUGUUGGGAGACCUGCCUGAAGAUGCAAACGAAUCUGAUGAGCACAGAGAGCAAGCUAAACAAUUGCUGCUCUCUGCUCACUUGAACUUAGCUCUGGUAUACCUCAAGGUGACCCCGGCCCACCAUUACAAGGCGCGGGAACAUGCAGCGAAGGCUGUUCAAUUCGACCCACAAAACGUGAAGGGUCUGUUCCGGCUCGGACAAGCGCUUCUGGGUCUGGGGGAAGUGGAACAGGCAAUAGAGAAGUUCCAGAAAGUUAUCGAGCUUGAGCCACAGAACAAGGCUGCGGCAAAUCAGCUGAUCGUGUGUCGGAACGAAAUCGCGCUGCAGAAGAAACGCGAGAUGCAGCUCUAUGCCAACAUGUUCGACAAGUUCGCCAUCAGAGACACGCAGGCGGAGAAACAAAGAGCUAAGGCGGAAAUCGAUAUCAUCGGUGAGAAAGUAGGCGAGUGGGGUAAAGGAGAAGGCGAGUGGACCGACGAGCAGAGAGACAGGAAACCAACAGAGUUUGAAAAGGAGAAUCCCAACAUUCUCUUGUUGGAUAAGGACGGACAGUUUGAGAACAUGUGAUCUUCUAAAUCGUAAAUGUACCGAUCAAACAGAUUUGCUUACUAGUUUAACGUUAUGCUCGAUUUUAACAAAAAUAAUUUGUCUUAAAUUUGAGCAGUUUGAAUUACAUUGAAUACAGCUUUAACAAUAUUUAAAACACAUUAUCGAUCUUAUGUGUGCAUGUAGGUAUAUAAAGUGUGUGUUUAUGUUUAUUCAAAUGUCACCAAAGUCCACUAUAAAGAAAACAUUACCAUAUUAUUAUAAAUGCAAAUCUCGUUUGGUCAAGUACCUCACGCAAGUUGAAUGUAGAUCUCCGCACCAAAAUGUAAUUUACGAUGUAAGUUAAUUUGUUUCUACAAUAUUUGUAGGUAUGUAUCAUUAUAGCUUGGCUGGAUCGGUUCUGGAAUAUUUCGUUUUAAUUGAGAAUUAAUAACCGUUGUGGUAACAAUAGUUUUUACAAAUUAGGAAUCUUUGAAAUAAUUGUUAAUCUAGUUACUUUUAAGUCCAUUUAUUAUUCAAGAAACGAUUCGUUUGGCUAACGAGGCGUUAUACAGAUCCUACUUACAGAUCAGAAGGAUGCAAAUAACGGAUAGCAGGGUAAAUGUAGGAACAUUUAUAGAUAUAGUUAGAUGCGUGCUGACCAUGCACAUUAGCGAAUGGAAAAAAGAUGAUUUUUUUUUCAUUCCUCCGUGAUGAGAACUGAAUUUUCUGUACUAACUCUGUAUAUAUUGUAUCUUUAUUGACAAUUCUACUAUCCGAAAGCAAAACGAAUCGUUUUUCAAUAAUAUUCAGGUUCUAAUAAACUUGAGAAAUGCCGGUAUUUAGAUUCAGUUUAUCUGUAUUCAAAGAAAUAAUCUUCCGGUUGAUUCUGGUUUUAAAAUUUACCUGAUUAGUUUAUAUCAAGUACUAAAAUAGUUUAUAAGCCUUUAUAUACUUACAUUCUGCUGUUGUUUUUGAGGUAAUUACUGUUUUUAACAUAGAUUAUUAAAUAAACUUCCAUAAUUAUUGUCAUCUAACUAUGAAACAUUUUGUCAGGUACUUCGAGGUAGUAAUUUGUGUAUAUAAGUGUGUUCAUCAUAGUUUGACUUUUCUGUAUGUGAAACAAUGAAUUUACAAAUAAAUUGUUAUGAGAACUUA